UCUUCGCAAGUUCUACAACAUGGUUAAACUUCAGUUGCUGUUAAUCUUUCUAACUCAUCUUCUCUUUCAAGGAAGUGUGCAGGCUCAAUAUUCAGCUUCCAAUCGGAUAAUAAAUGGAGAAAAUGCAGUUCCCAAACAAUUUCCGUAUCAAGUCUUUUUAGAAGGACGUAUAAAUUGUAAUUGGAUAACAAAUUGUGGUGGUGUUAUAAUAUCAAAUAGAACCAUUCUCACAGCAGCUCAUUGUAUAUCGGAUUCAAUAGAUGCCCUGAAAAUCUACUUUGGAGCUGUCGACAGAACCAAUAUUUAUGAAACGGGACAACAACGUUUGAUAGUCAAGAGGAAGAAUAUAAUCGUUCAUCCAGAAUUUGACCUAAAACAAUUAAUUAACGACAUAGCUCUUAUCAGAUUACCUGUCGAAAUUCGAUUUGAUGAAUAUAUUCAGCCUGCUAGGUUGCCAGCUCCAGACAAAUUAUAUGAUGACGAAAUUGGAGUUGUUUCCGGUUGGGGAAUAUUUGAUAGAAAUUCCGGGAAUGCGCCAAACUAUCUACAGCACCUUAAUGUAACCAUAUUCCCUUAUGAAGAAUGCAAACCACUUGUGCACAAAUACGAGGGAUUCCACGCAAAAUUCUUUCCAGCAUCGUAUAUUUGUUUGAAGCCCAGUCAAGGCAUAACAUGUAAUGGCGACUCUGGUGGCCCCUUGGCAAUUCGGAAUGAAGAUGGAACCAGUACUAUAGUGGGCCUCACAUCGUUCGGUUUAGAGACCACUUGCAAGCCCAAUAUGCCUGACAUUUUUACAAGAGUCUCAUCGUUUUUACAAUGGAUAAAGGAAAAUGAAUGAAUAGUAUGAGAAAAUAAGAAAAAUAAUUAAAUAAUAAUCAAUAAAAAUGUAAAUGAUUUUGUAA